AUGAGGAACUUUUCUUAUCUAAACGAGAAUGUUACUACUUGCAUGUCGACGUUGCCAGGUAUCCCAUCCAAAUUAUUUUUGCGUACAUUGGCGCAGUACGACAAGCUUCGCACGCGAGGUGCUUUCCUUGAACAGUUUCGUAAGGAAGAUGUGUUUCGUGAUGACCCUGCUCUCACAGAAUUUGCCGACAGUCGUCAGGUGGUUCACAGUUUGAUUGAAGAGCACAACGCUGCUACCAAGCCUGAUUAUGUAUACUGGGGUGCUCAUCGUGCAGCUGCUGUGGCAGCCACCCAGGCAGCUGCCGCUUCUGCUGCCGCCGCAACCAAAUGA